UUUGUCCCUCCCCUACCCUCUUUUUUCAGAGCAUAGGAUGUCGGAUCCUGUCGAAGACGUUGGUUCUGAAUCUCUAAUGGAGAAGAUCAACGAUAAGAUUCACAAUCGCAAUGACUCUUCUUCAUCGGAUUCAGAAAGUGAAAAAUACUUGCCAUCGAGAAAAAAUCGAUUAUUCGGCAGGCAGAAACCUGUUCAUGACAUUCUCGGUGGUGGAAAGUCUGCUGAUGUAAUACUUUGGAGAAACAAACAGAUUUCAGCCUGCAUAGUUGCUGGUGUGACGGUUAUUUGGCUAAUCUUUGAGUGGAUGGGCUAUCACCUGCUUACCUUUGUUUGCCAUUCUCUAAUCCUAGCCCUCGCGACAUUGUUUAUCUGGACCAAUUUCUCGUCAUUUAUUAAUAAGUCACCGCCUAAAUUCCCUGAGGUAAUAUUACCAGAAGAUCUGUUCAUGAGUAUCGCACUGUUGUUGAGGCAUGAAUGCAACGAGGCCUUUGCAACCUUCAGGGAAGUAGCUUCAGGAAAUGACUUGAAGAAAUUCCUCAUGGUGAUUGCAGCGUUGUGGGUUUUGUCGGUUGUGGGCAGUUGGUUCAAUUUCUUAACGCUCUUCUACAUGGUGUUUGUGUUACUACACACAGUACCAGUGCUGUAUGAGAAGCAUGAGGAUCAUGUGGAUACUUUUGCUGAGAAGGCAAUGGUGGAAAUCAACAAGCAAUAUGCAGUAUUGGAUGCCAAGGUGCUUCAGAAGCUUCCAAAGUUACCCUUUAACAAGGAUAACAAGCAGCACUGAUGAUAAACCACAGAUCUACAACAGCCACUACAGAGCCACUCCUCUAUUUCAUUGAGGUUUUUUGGCCCAUCGUUUAGCUUUCUUGGGAGUUUAGUGACAUAGUUCUUAUAAAUUAUACAUCGCUCAACAGCCUUGGGCAGUGAUUAUAGUGUUUUUCUUUUUCAUCUUCUCUGUUUUCUUUGUUUCUUUGCGAAGUGGACAACUUUCUUGCUUUUGGACAUGCCUUAAAGCAUAAGAGACCUGCUUAUCAACACUGUGCGAAGGUUAAAAUUU